UGUUUGUGCUCAUGUCGAGUAACGUUAGUUGUUCUGCCAUGAACGAGGCCUGUUGUAAGCUGCAGGUUAUUGACACAGAUAACAAGGUGUAAGGAGAAGCAAUAGCGAUCGAGAUUCCUCAUUCCCAAGGGUAACUCGUCGACAACAAUUAGUUGAAUAUAUUCAUUACCUGGCAAAUACAAAAUAGCCAUUUUCUUCUAUGCUGACUCGUUAGCAAGCUAGUCUUUAAAGCGCCGCCUGGAGCAGCCAGUGUGGGCAGCAAAACAGGCUUAGCGGGCACUCGGUUGUUAUUUUUUUGGGAGGCUGUGUGAUCAUUGGCAGAGUUCAAUACACCAGCUUGCAGAAUAAUAACUAGCUUCGCCGCGGAGGACUUUGCAUUCAACCUGUAUGAACAUCGGCUCCCAGUACUCAACACUUUGCCAACAAGCUUAAGGAGUCGAGGUGAGGAGGCCUGAUCUAUUCUACCGUUCGCUCCAGGUUCUGAGGAGUGGCUGCCGUCUCCCCUUUGUCAGACAUCCUCGUUUGUCGUCAACGCCGUUUCCCUCCCCCGACCUCCCUGUCUGCCCCACCCUGAACCCCAACAAACACACCCCCCCAGCAUGAACGAGGUCAGUGUGGUCCGAGAGGGAUGGCUCCAUAAGCGAGGUGAGUACAUCAAGACGUGGAGACCCCGCUAUUUCAUCCUGAAGAGUGAUGGCUCCUUCAUUGGCUACAAGGAGAAGCCAGAGAUAUCUGACCCCAACCUACCACCCCUCAACAACUUCUCAGUGGGAGAAUGCCAGUUGAUGAAGACAGAGAGGCCCAGGCCCAACACGUUUGUCAUCCGCUGUCUGCAGUGGACCACGGUCAUCGAGCGCACUUUUCACGUGGACAGCAACGCUGAGAGGGAGGAAUGGAUACGAUCGAUUCAGGCUGUAGCCAAUGGGCUUAAGACACGGGAUGAGGAGGAGCCAAUGGACAUCAAUUUUGGCUCCCCCGGUGACAACAGCCUGGAGGGCAUGGAGGCCGCCAUAGCCAGGUCCCGCACCAGAGUGAACAUGAGUGACUUUGACUACCUAAAGCUGCUGGGCAAGGGCACAUUCGGCAAGGUGAUCCUCGUAAAGGAGAAGGCCACCGGCAUGUACUACGCCAUGAAAAUCCUGCGCAAGGAAGUCAUCAUCGCUAAGGAUGAGGUGGCACACACGGUUACAGAAAGCAGAGUCUUACAGAACACAAGGCAUCCCUUCCUCACGACACUGAAGUAUGCCUUCCAAACUCACGACCGCCUGUGUUUUGUGAUGGAAUAUGCGAAUGGUGGAGAGCUGUUCUUUCACUUGUCUCGGGAAAGAGUUUUCACGGAGGACAGAGCCCGGUUCUAUGGUGCUGAGAUAGUAUCUGCACUGGAAUACCUACAUUCAUGCGAUGUCGUCUACAGGGACCUUAAGCUGGAGAAUCUCAUGCUGGAUAAAGAUGGACACAUCAAAAUAACAGACUUUGGGUUGUGCAAAGAGGGCAUUACCAAUGAGGCCACAAUGAAGACCUUCUGCGGAACUCCAGAAUACCUUGCUCCAGAGGUGCUGGAGGACAAUGACUAUGGCCGCGCUGUGGACUGGUGGGGUCUAGGCGUGGUCAUGUACGAGAUGAUGUGCGGCCGGCUGCCCUUCUACAACCAGGACCACGAGCGCCUCUUCGAGCUCAUCCUGAUGGAAGAGAUUCGCUUUCCCAGGAAUCUCUCACCCGAGGCCAAGGCUCUGCUGGCCGGCCUGCUCAAAAAGGACCCCAAGCAGCGGCUUGGAGGAAGCCCGGAAGACGCCAAAGAGGUGAUGACCCACAAGUUCUUUGUCUCCAUCAACUGGACAGAUGUGCUUCAGAAGAAGCUCAUUCCACCGUUCAAGCCGCAGGUGACCUCUGAAACGGACACGCGCUACUUUGAUGACGAGUUCACGGCACAGACCAUCACAGUCACACCUCCGGACCAGUAUGACAGUUUGGACUCGGAGGACCCGGACACACGCACGCACUUCCCACAGUUCUCCUACUCUGCCAGCAUAAGGGAGUGAGCCGCCCUCGUCCUCCCCACUCUCUCGCCCCAACCAGCAGAAAGGAUGCAACAACGACACGUAUACUAACUCUUGGACACACGAACGCCGACAGACUCACACACACAUACACACACACACCGACAAAAUGUACAUACGUAUACUCGAACAUCCAUGCACCAGCAGAUACUGUAAAAGAAGCGGGUCUCUUCACGGAUUAGAUAUCAUUGCAGUGACGGACUUAACCUCGACAGGGAAGGGGGAGUGGGUGGGCUGUUUCAGAGUCGGCCUCUGAACGGGCCCCUUGCCUUGCCUUGCCCGACACUACACACAGUGCACCAUGACAGCCAUAACAGCGCUUCACCACCAGUCAGGUAAAGAGGAGAAAACAAACUUGAGCACCAGCGGAUUGCAUGACGCGCACUGGGACAUACACACUGAAGCACACUCACAAUAAAUACAUACAUACACACACACACACACACACACACACACACACACACACACACACACACACACACACACACACACACACACACACACACACACACACACACACACACACACAGUCCUCCUCUGGACUAUCUGAAAUCCCCCCAGCCAAUCAGGUGAAGUUUAGAUGAUGUGCAUACAUGUCUGGGGUUGGAGGACAUGAGCAAAUACUUAAAAACAUUUUCCCCCACUGAUUGUUACAGUUUUUUUGUCCUUCUUUUUCUUUUUCUUUUUUAAAAGCCAUAAUUUUUACAAGUGCUCUUUCUGGAAUUAGCUGUUACCAAUAGUGAUGAACUGUUCCUACAGAGGGUGAAAGAGAAAGAGAAAGAGGUGGCGGGGCUAAGGAGAGGGACGUGUGGAGGAAAGAAUAUUAGUGAGGGUAGUCACAGCUCUAUAUGAUCGUGUAUGAAACAGUGUGCGUGUGUGUCCGGAUGUGUGUGUAUAUAUAUAUGUGUGUGUGUGUGUGUGUGUGUGUGUGUGUGUGUGUGUGUGUGUGUGUGUGUGUGUGUGUGUGUGUGUGUAUGUGUCGGUGUAUAUGUACUUCUGUAUGUUCUUCAUUUGAAAAGAAUGUGUGAAAGUAUGUUGUGCUCUAUCUUAAAGAGAGUGUAAGAGAGAAUGUGAUAGAUCAGUGUGAGACUGUGCGCAUGCGAGCGUGCAUGUGUAUGAGAGUGUGAGGGAGAAUGAGUGCAAAACAUUUGUCACAGAUCCACAUCUUAAAGUGUGUCUUCAUCUUUUGAUUUUGUAUAUGGGCAUAACAGUACAAGAUGGGAUGAGGGUGGGGGUGGGGGGAAGACACGGAGUAGAUGUGACGUUAGCGCUUUAAAGGGAAGAGAGAGUUGCGGCUCUUUUAGGGGGGUUGAGAGAGCCCUCAAAAGCAGGAGCCUGGGUCCCUAUGUUUAGGGGGGUGGCCAUGUCGACCCAUGUCCAGAACAUCCACUCCCAAGUGUUAGAUAGCAUUUGUCCUUUAGCUACUGGCCCAUGGAAAAUAAUUAGUAUUAAAUACGACAUGAAUUAUUUAAUCAUCUGUAUAAUUUUGGAGACAUUGCUGUAAAGAUAUUUCAAAAAUGGACGAAAAAUAAUGAUAACGAUCUCAAUGCCCCCAAUCCCCAUUAUUUAAUGACGAAAGCUGACUGGUAAAGCCUGUUAUUGUGUAAUGUGGCCAAGUUUGAUUGAUGCAGAGAAAUAGGUGGAAUAGGCACUUAAAAUUCUGAGACACCAUCUUUGGAAAUGCCUUUAUUUUUGUCUUUUUCUUUUUCUUUUUGAGGUCUAGUAGUUAGCAUAAACCCUCAAACAGGAAGUGAGGAGAGAGGGAGUCAAGUGCUUCCUGCUUCUGGUGUGUAUCUAAGUGUGUACUUGCCUUUUUUGAAAGAUGAUUUUCAGGUGAGUCACAGUUGGUACACACUGUUAGGUAGUGUGAUGUGUUAAUAAAUGGUUUUGCCUUUUUUUCCAACAAGAUGUUUCAUUCAGGGAACAUCAUAAAGAUUUUUUUUUUUUUGAUUAUUUUAUUUUGAUCUGAUUUUGUUUUUGCCCAUCGUUUUGUCUACCCGCUCCCUCAAAAAAAUGUCUUGUUAAAAUAUAUAAAUAUAUAUAUAAAAUAUAUAUAUAUAUUAAAAUGGUGAAAAAAAUGUCUGUCCUCCAUUGUCUUUUUCUUUCAUUUCAUUCAUGAUUUAAGUUUGUGUGUGUGUGGGGGGGGGGUGGGGGCGAGUGCGCUUCAGAGAACAAGAAUGCUUGUUUGUGGACUAGUUGGGUGGAGGUUUAUUUAUAGGUCUAAUCUCAGAUCUACUCUAGCACAGACCCAACGUGUCUCUUAUAAGUGUCCCCUCGUUACUUUACCAAGCUCUGAGGUGAUGUACUGGAAGAAAUGGCUUCUUCAGAAACGCUUAUAUUAUGUCAAUGGUUAUGUUGUCAGAUUUUCACAGGUGGGCACAGGCAUUGACGUUCGAGUAUCAUUUUUAAGGACCUGUUUUUCUCCACAAUGCCUUUAGUUAGCCACUAGAUGCCGCUACACACGUAGAAGUGUUGGAUCCAGCCUUCACGCUGCUAAAUGCAAAGACACUGGCCCACACCAAAGUCAAGCACCCAUCCAAAAUGCGCAUCAUUGUAGAAACAGUGCAUAGUUUAGAGUAUUUCCUGUCUUUCCACAAUACUUUGAACACAUCAAACGAAGACCGUUCGAGUUGGCUGAGGUUAUUUUUACUUUAACAGCCUCUUUCCCCUUUUCUAAAAAAAAGGCAGCUGAACCUGGAUAGCCUAUAUAUUUAUUCCCAAGUCAUGUUACUACACGUUUUUAUCACAUCUUCAAGGAAGAACAACCACGGCAGCUUUGAAGAAAAAUGAUUUCGCAGCUUAGUGUUAUGCUCCUCAUUUGAAUGUGAUGAACAAUCACGAAUGUCACAUCUCAUUGCUGGUGUAUUUAUUCUGCUUCAAUCAAAAUUCGGGAAAUGGAGAGAUUACGCCUGAAAAGGAUUUCAGUUUUUAGACAUCUGUUGCGACUUUGCUAUUGUAACAGGUGUUAUCUGCUACAGUAUAAAGUAGCUUGUAAUAUUUGCUAUUAUGUUAGUAAACUCUUUACUUGACAAA